AUGAAAAAUCAAGAUGGUAACAACAUUGAAAAGUUCAACAAGAUAAAGGCUUUGCUCGGUUCUCAAAAUUGUUGGGAUGUUGUUGAAGAAGGAUAUGUCGAGCCCGAAAAUGAAGCUGCCAAAGCGGCUUUGACAAAUGAAGAAAAAAGAGUAUUAAAAGAAGCUCGUAAAAAGGAUAAGAGGGUGUUGUUUUUUAUUUUUCAAGGCGUUGAUGAAUCAACCUUUGAAAAAAUUUCAGAUGUGAAGACAUCAAAUGAAGCAUGGGGAAGUUUGCAAAAAUCCCUUCAAGGAGCGGAAAAGGCUAAAAAGGUACGUUUACAAACCCUUAGAGCUGAAUUUGAGACGUUGAAAAUGAAACUAUUGGAAAGUGUUGAUGAUUAUGUUAUUUGGGUGAAAACGGUGGUAAAUGAAAUGAAAAGAAAUGGAGAAACACUUGAUGAUGUCAGAGUAAUGGAAAAAAUUUUGCGGUCAUUAACACGCAAAUUUGAUUAUAUGGUGGUUGCCAUUGAAGAGUCAAAAGAUUUAUCACAAAUAUCAAUCAACAAACUUGUGGGUUCCCUCCAAGCCCAUGAGCAUAAAAUGAAGCUAAAUGAUGAUACUGGAAAUUCGGACCAAGUCUUGCAAAGUAAGUUGUCCUUCAACGAAAGUGGAGCUAGGGAUAAUUUUGGACAAGGAACGAGCAAUCGUAGAGGAUACCGUGGAGGAUAUAGAGGCAGAAAUAGAGGUGGAUGA